AUGGCAGCACCAGCUCUCUCAACACUGGCUGCGUCCUCAUUGCCAGCCAUCUGCUCGUCCGCCACUCCUUCCGUAGCGACGGCAGCGGCGCCAAAACACGAGAUCUACACUAUCAAUGACCUUCUGCGAUUGAGAGCCUUGGGAGAGACCGCACACGAUCCUAUUGUGGCAUAUCCAUCGUCGGGCACAGAUUAUGUAUACUAUACACCUCAUCAGCUGGAUGUGCUUGUUGAAGCGGCCGCGGUACAAUACUCUAAAGCGAUCCCCCAGAGACUCACAUCAAGUGAUCCCGUUCAAGUUGUGGGACUACUAGGUGUAUCUGAUUUUGAAUACUUGAUCACGCUAUUGGCCGUCUCCCGACUUGGACACACCGUCCUGCUGUUGUCGACUCGCAUCGCAGAAGAUGCCUAUGUCAGUCUUGUGGAGGCCACCAAGGCCUCAUUCCUUAUAACCCACCCCAGCUUCCAAACGAUGGGAGAAAACGUCACCAAGCGAACGGGGGCCAUCCAAGUCCCCGUCGUAGCGCCAGCGUACGCAGCCUCACCCGAGACGACAUCUGCCCGUCUCCCUGCAGCGUACUUGCACGGCCCCACUGAGAACGAACAUAUUACCUGGGUCAUUCACUCUAGUGGCUCGACCGGUCAUCCAAAACCCAUCUACCAGACCCAUUCGGGUGCCCUGAAAAACUAUGCCAACAACUUCGGGCUCCGGGGCUUCAUUACUCUUCCCCUCUUCCACGCCCAUGGCAUCAGCUGUUUAUUCCGUGCCAUUCACUCACAGAAGCUCAUUUACAUGUACAAUGCCAGCUUGCCGCUCACGGCCCCCUGUCUACUCAGUACUCUCAAUGACCAUGAGGAAAUUGAGGUCCUAUACGCUGUCCCGUACGCCCUGAAGGUUCUCUCGGAAUCCGAGGAGGGCUUAAAGCGGAUGGCCCGUCUGGAGCUGGUCAUGUUCGGUGGAUCGUCUUGCCCCAAGUCAAUUGGGGAUACUCUCGUGCAGAACGGCGUCCGUCUGGUAUCCCACUACGGAACCACAGAGACUGGCCAACUCAUGACCUCGUUCCGUGACCGCUCGGAUCUGGAUUGGGACUACGUUCGUCCCGGUCCUUCUUUGCUGCCGUACCUCCGCUGGGAGGAUCAGCCAGGUAUGCCUGGCAUCUACGAGCUGUGUGUUCUAGAGGGCUGGCCGUCCAAGGUUGCGAGCAAUCGCCCUGAUAACUCAUAUGCUACCAAGGACCUGUUCGAAAAACACCCGACCACCCCUAACGCUUGGCGAUACUAUGCUCGUCUGGACGACACCCUGGUCUUGGAAAAUGGGGAGAAGGCCAACCCGCUGGUCAUCGAGGGUGUUGCGCGCAAGAACCCCAAUGUCAGCGAAGCCGUCGCCUUUGGAAGCACCAAGCCCCGUCUGGGUCUGUUUAUUAUUCCCUCUGAUAAGUGCCCUUUCCAAACCGAUGAAGAACUGGUGGAAAAUGUGUUUGUGGACAUCGAAACCUGCAAUGCCGAAUCGCCGGCUUAUGCGUACAUCUCCCGUGAUAUGAUCCGCGUUCUUCCAGAGAACACUGUCUACCGAAGGACGGACAAAGGAACUGUGAUUCGUUCUGCAUUCUACAAAGACUUCGCUGAGAAAAUCAACGAGAUCUACGAGGCUCCCGAUCACCAAGGCGAUCAGGUCCUCGAGGGUCCCGAGCUGAUUCAGUUCCUUCGCGAGUCUCUCCUCGAGAUCGCCCCGUCGGUGGAGCCUUCCUCACUGGACGAGACUACGGAUAUUUUCAGCCUGGGAAUCGAUAGUCUGCAGUCGAUACGCUUGCGCAGCGCAAUCACUCGUACCCUGGACCUCGGAGGCCAGAAGCUGUCGCAGAAUUUCGUCUUUGAGAACCCGUCCCUCCAAGCGAUGGCAGAUCAGAUCACUGUUCUACGUUCCGGUGAAGCUCUGAAGGAGCAGGCUCCUGUUGAACAACGGAUGCAGACCUUGAUUGAUAAGUACAGCACUGGUUUCAAGACCCACCUCCCCGUUGAUCGUGCGGAUGAUGGUGAUUAUAUUGUGCUUACUGGGGCGACCGGCUCCCUCGGUGCCCACAUGGUUUCUCAGCUGGUCCAGUCAGACCGUGUGAAGAAAGUGUACUGUUUGGUACGAGCGAAAUCCUCAACUGCCGCCUAUCGACGCGUAACUGAAAGUUUGCGCGCUCGAGCAGUCUCCUAUUCUAUGUCUCCUGCCGCAGGGCGCAAGAUCGUUGCCUUGCCUUGCGACCUGUCUAAGUCAGCCGACCUGGGCCUUGGUGAGGGUGUCUAUGCAAAUAUCAAAAGGUCAGUCACUGCGGUGAUCCACUGUGCUUGGUCGGUCAAUUUCAACUGGGCUCUGGAGAGCUUCGAGGACAGCUGUAUUGCUGCCACACGCAACCUGCUGGAUCUGUGCUUGAGCGCUGAGAGGCCGCGCCCUGCUUCCUUCUCUUUCUGCUCGUCCGUCAGCACAGUCGCCCGCACUCCUGGAAACUGGGUUCCAGAAGCCCUUCCGGCGUCUUUGUCGUAUGCUCAAGGGAUGGGAUAUGCCCAGUCCAAGCUGGUGACCGAGAACAUUGUCAACCGCGCUGCCCAUGCAACCGGCAUGACAGCUCGUGUCUUGCGAGCCGGACAGAUCGUUGGGGACACCGUCCACGGUAUCUGGAACGCCACUGAGGCCAUCCCAAUGAUCUUCCAAACAGCGAAGACCAUUCAUGCCCUGCCUCAGCUCGACGACGUCCUCAGCUGGACCCCCGUUGAUGUGAUGGCGAAUAGCAUCAUCGAACUCAGCCUAGCACAAAAUGCCGCAGAGGUGAUGAACGUCACCAACCCGACCCUGAACCACUGGACUCAAGACCUGCUCCUCCAACUGAAGGACGCUGGCUUGGACUUUGAACAGCUCCCCAAGCAAGCCUGGCUGCAGCGCCUCCGGGACUCUAACCAAGACCCCGAGGUCAACCCACCCAUCAAGCUGCUCGAAUUCUUCGCCUCUAAGUACGACAACAAUAACCCGGCCCGCACCCUCCUCUACGACACGAAGAAGGCCCAGGCUUCGUCGCCCGCUCUCGCCAGUGCCCGGGGCCUCAGCACCGAGUUUAUCACCCGCUUCGUCAAUUACUUCACAACCCAGUGCUGGGGCCAGGGCCAGCCCGCCACUCAGAUCAUCCCUCGCAACGUCUUCUUCCUGAUCAGCCCCUGCGACGGCGGUAAGAGCAACCUGGCACAGGUCGUCAAGCAACGCCUGGACGUACCCGUCGUCGAAGCCGACUAUCUGCACUCCCCGCUCGCGCGGCAGAGAUUGGCCAACAAUCUGCCCUUGCAGGACUCUGACUGCUUGGAUUGGCUCUCGCAUGUCCGGGGCGCUGUGAUGGGCCGUCUACUGGAGUCAGAGACCCCCGCUGUCGUGGUGACUUGUUCCGCCCUGCGCACUGCCUACCACGAUGAGCUGCGUCGCUUAUCACGGCUAUUCAAUUUCCCUGUCACUGUCACGUUCUUGCUCUUGUCGCUGCAAGAUCGCGAGCAAUUGAAGGAUCGUAUGGUGGCUCAAGAGAACCACUACAUAAAGUCGGCGAUUAUAGAUUCGCAGGAGAAUCCCGCUGAUGAGCCGGAUGUGCUCGUGCUGGAUGCAAAUCGGGGGAGAGAGGAGGUGCUUGAAGAUGUAGUGCAGACGGUGGAUGGUAUCUUACGGGCGUGA